AUGAUCAGUAUAGACUUCAAGGGAAAAGUAGCCUUGGUGACUGGUGGUGGAAGAGGUAUCGGAUUAGCUAUCACUCGUGCACUUGCAGAAGCUGGAGCAACCGUUGUUAUCACCUAUACAUCCAAGGAUCCAUCAUCGGUAGCAGAAUCUGUAUCCAAGGAGUUCAAGUCACCCGUUCAUGUAUAUCACUGUCCAGCGGAAGAUAGUUCUCGCAACAAUGAAUUAAUUCAAAAGAUUUCGCAGGAUGUAGGGGAAAUAGAUUAUGUCAUUGCCAAUGCUGGCGUAAGCUUGUGGAGAGAAGCCAUCGAUAUGACUGACGAGGAACUGGACAAAAUCAUGCAAAUCAACCUUUUCUCUCCUUAUUACCUAUCUAGAGCCAUUGUCAGACAUUGGCUUGAUUUGCCCAUCGCUAUCUCGUCAGAAUCCAAGGAAAGAGGAAAGAGGGACGAAAAGCUGAAUUUGGGGAAGAAAAUCAUAUUCAUUUCAUCAAUCUCUGGCCUAGUAGCUAUGACUCCUCAGGCUCAAUCAGCGUACAAUGCUAGCAAAGCUGGGUUGACAAUGUUUGCCAAGUCUUUAGCUGGCGAAUGGGCCAAAUAUGGGAUCACCGUGAAUACGAUAUCUCCAGGAUAUAUCGCAACAGACAUGAUUGCCAAUCCACCUCCAGGAGAAGAAUUAUGGGUUCAGAAAUGGCAUGACAUGACUCCCGUAGAUCGAUUCGGAGAAGCCAAGGAGGUCGGAGAUAGCGUAGUUAUGAUGUGUGCCGACAGAGGACUUGGAGCUGGAUUUAUGACUGGAAGUGAUCUGGUCAUUGACGGAGGUUAUAAUAUCUAUUAG